UUUUCUCGGCGGAACGCAACCAUGGCUCGUGGACCCAAGAAGCACCUGAACCGGGUGGCCUCUCCGAAGCACUGGAUGCUGGCCAAGCUGACGGGAGUCUUUGCACCCCGUCCAUCCACAGGACCCCACAAACUGAGGGAAUGCCUCCCACUGAUCAUUUUUCUCAGGGAUAGGCUUAAGUACGCCCUGACUGGCGAUGAGGUCAAGAAAAUCUGCAUGCAACGGUUUAUCAAGAUUGAUGGCAAAAUCCGCACAGAUAUUACCUCUCCGGCUGGAUUCAUGGAUGUGAUCAGCAUUGAAAAAACAGCUGAGCACUUCCGCCUCGUGUACGAUACCAAGGGACGCUUUGCUGUUCACCGCAUCACACCAGAAGAAGCCAAGUACAAGCUGUGCAAGGUUAGAAAGAUCUUUGUGAGCACCAAAGGAAUUCCUCACCUUGUCACUCACGAUGCCCAAACAAUCCGGUACCCAGAUCCCCUCAUCAAAGUGAAUGACUUCUGA